AUCUAGAUCUAGAUCUACAGGUGUCCACAAAUCAAACCCGAGGCAUGAAGUUCAAGUUCAAAGAGGAACACACUCUCGAGGUCAGGUCUCGAGAGUCUUCAAAGAUUCGAGCUAAAUACCCAGAGAGAAUUCCGGUUAUUGUGGAGAAGGAACCGAAGUCCCCGAUCCAGUCAAUCGACAAACGCAAGUUCUUGGUCCCCAAUGACAUCUCUGUUGCUCAGUUUAUGUGGAUUAUUCGGAAACGGAUACAGUUGGCAUCUGAAAAAGCCAUCUUUUUGUUUGUGGGCAAAGUCCUACCUCAGUCAAGUGCAAGCAUGGGCCAAGUCUAUGAAGACCACAAAGAUGAGGAUGGGUUUCUGUACAUUGCUUACAGUGGAGAAAAUACGUUUGGUGUUACCUGCCCUUACUGCUCCAGUUAAAUUGACUGUAUUGAGUGUAUUGUGACCCGAAUACCUGAAUGUGUGCUUUUGUGGUUAAUUUUUGAGAGGGUACUAUUGUUUGUUAAUCAGCCGUGAAUGUGUGUGUGUGUGUGUGUGUGUGGGGGGGGGGGGGGGGGGGGGGGGGUCUUUUUUUCAUUUUCUUGAUUUUAGUGACAUGCUGUAAAGAACUGCAUGAAAGUAUGUUUCAAAAGUUUCCAAUAAAAAAAAUAAAAGGCUCAAAUAUGGCUAUUGUGAUGGAUGAUAGUGUCACAGUACUGUAGUGAGCUAUAAAUAAUACUCUAAGGGCAAAGCAAUGUUACAUGGUUUUUGUGUUGUGUCGUUUGAAAAGAGAGUCACUAAAGGAAAGGGUCGUGUUUAGUGACUGGUGUAGAUUCUGCUUUGAAUUUCGUGCAAUAUUUCAGGCAUAUUUGUUCCUUUCAUAUCAUACUUGAAAGGGGCAGCUUUGUUUUGUUAUACAGACUAGCAUGCACAUGGCAAAAUCAGCGGGAUGUGGAAAUCUUUUUAUGUACAAAUUUUGGUAUGUGCAAUGUUCAGGCCAUAACAAUGGAGAUAAAGAAAGCUGGACUAUUUGUUCAAAAUUUUACAUGAAUUAUGCCCCCUAUGUCAUGCUAUCAGAAGUGUGAGUUCACAGACAUUUUUGCAGAUUUGGACAUUUGAUUUUUAUUAAACUUUGCUAGGACCCACAGUUUUUUUUCCUUGACCAAGAAUUCUGUCUACUCCUUUCACUUGGCCAUGGUCUACUUUCUACUACAACAUCAACUAGACCUAUCUGUACAGAAUCCAGCAAGCUGUUUGUUGUAUGUGAAUUGUAAUUUCUGUUGAAGAGGAAGCGACAUAUGUGGGGACAAUACUGGAUGCAUACCUUCACAAGACCACAGACUCCCCUCAUGACUGAAGUGUGCUCAUGUGCUGGUUAGAUCUACCACUGAAUACUUUUUGUGACUUGUGCAAUAAACACAUGAAGGGUUUCAUCACAAAA